AUGGCAGAGUCUGAUCGAAAAGAAGCACAGCUUCGACACAGCAUAGUGCUUUUCAUCGUACUGCUUGCUGUGCUUGUGGGGCUUCCAAUAUGGUAUCUUACAACAACUAUAUACAGGGCAAAUCUACCUGAAGCGGAAAUCAUUCAGAUGGAGCAUAGCAUAGCUGAUGGAAUUGACUAUGAAGUCCCUUUUUACGUGAUGAAUUUGCCAUCAUCUUUGGAUGGUCUAAUAGAUGAAGCACAGGAUCUCAUAGAUAAUCAGAUGAAUGAGCUUCAAGAUGCAAAAGCCGCAAUAAGGGCACACGUGAAGCUUCUAAGUGGACGAGAAUCAUCAGUUGGUGAGUUUGACUACAAGAUACGGCUAAUUGAGCGGGACUUGAUGGAUGAAACAGAUACUGAGGCAGUUUAUAUCUCUCCAGGUAGCGAUAGAGAGAUCAAGUUGUUCUUGUCCCCUAGCGUUAUACAGAAUGGCAAGGUUACAGAUUUUCUGAUGCGUGUUGUGACCGACAUGGUUCUGGGUUCUGAGAUUGGCCUGCUAACUGAAGUUUCUGGUAAUUCAGGGAAUGCAAGCACUAGUCGUAGUAUGAUCAAGAUUCCCUAUAAUGACCAAUAUAAGGUUUCGGUGUCAUUUUUGGAGGAAGGCGACGAACCAUUAAGGUGGGAUGUGAAGCCUGUGGUUGAUGCUUUUGGCAAGUAUCUGAGCGUGUUGGAUUCUUAUGCAAACUUCACAUUGGAGACACAGCUUGGGUAUUAUGAGGCUCUUCCAGAGACAGCCAAUCUCGAGAAAUUGGAGAAAGCUGAUGAAGAAAGUGUCGACAUAUGUAUUUUGAAAGAUACCUCUACGUUCAUGGACUAUUCCGAAUGGGGAUUGGACCAGGAUGUUCAGCUACUGCCGACAAUUAACCUUGUUGUCUAUGCUCCGAACAGAAACAGGAAGAUUUUGAUCGCCAACUCGACAACGAACUCUUUCAUUGUGCCACAGUGGGGAGGAGUGGUGAUUUAUAAUGGUGCAGCAGAUGGAAAUAAACCAGGAAAGGAUAAUUUGCUUGUGUCUACUGAGGAUCUUGAACCAGUCUUUGACAUUUUUGCAUCACAAAUCCUUCAGCUCUUGGGUGCACCAGAGAGUCCUAAGUCACCUUUUAUACGUGCAGAUAUGAUAACGCGUGUUCAAUGUGCACAGAACUUGCUGAAGUCUGUCGAUAACUUGGUUUCUUUGAUAAAGCUAACGAGAGAACUUCCAACGAUUCCAAUACCGGAAAUUACGAUGCAGGAAGUUGAAGAGACGAUGGCACUCGUUAACAAAUCCAUGAUUAUAAUGAAAUCGUGGAAUGAGAGUGACUGGUGGAAUCAGGUGAAUGAGUUAUCAGCCAGGGCGGUGAAGAUCUCAGAUAAGGCGUUUUUCCAGAAGGAUAUGGUGCAGCAGGCUUUCUUCCCUGAAGACCACAAAAUGGCAGUUUACAUGCCAUUAUUGGGACCAUUUGCAACAAUUAUGGUACUCGGAUUGGCCAGAUCGCUUAAGGAAAGAAUUAAGAUGAAGAAGGAUGAGCAAGCAAAUGAUGAGAAAGUAAGACUGCGUACAGAAAACGAGCCUACUGCCGGUAAAUGA